AUGGGUAUAAUUGAUAGAUUCACAAAGAGUGAGGAAAACCAUGAAAUACAUGAAUUAAACUCACUUGAAUCAAGUUCUGGAUCUCAUGAAGGACAAGAAGUAAAUGGAUUUAAGCUACAAACUGAUAAGCCAUAUAUUGAUUUAGAAGUUGAAUUGACACCAGAAGAAAUUAAAAGAAGAGAAACAUGGUGGUACAAAGCUUCUAUUUUCUUUUGGGAUUCAGUUGAUAAACAUCCAAAAGAACGUGCAUUCUUAUUCAAAUUAGAUUUUUUCCUUUUAAGUUCUUCAAUGUUGGGUUAUUUUAUUAAAACAUUGAAUCAAAAUAAUGUUGGUACUGCAUACGUUAAUGGGAUGAAAGAACAUUAUGAAAUGAAUGGUAAUCAAUAUAAUUAUUUAACAACUCUUUGGACUGUUGGUUAUAUCAUUGGUCAAGUUCCAUCAAAUUUAAUUUUACAUAGAAUUUCUGCCCGUUAUUAUUUGGCAAGUUUAGAAAUUACAUGGGCUAUUUUAACUGUUCUUAUGGUCACACCAAAAUCUUUAAAUGGGAUGUAUGCUUUAAGAUUUUUCAUUGGGUUAACAGAAUCUGGUUAUUUCCCGGGGUUGGAAUGGUUAAUUGGUUCAUGGUAUUCACCUGCUGAGUUAUCCAAGAGAGCUUCAUUUUUCGGUAAUGCUGGUGUUGCUGCUGGGUUAGUUUCAGGUCCAUUACAACAAAAGAUUUUAACAGCAGAAUGGGCUCAACAUGGGUUAAAACCUUUUCAAUGGAUGUUUGUUAUUGAUGCAGUCAUUUCAGCUCCUAUCGGGUUUUAUACAUUAUUUGUUGAUCCAAAUACUCCAUCUACAACUACAGCAUUUUAUUUCAACGAAGAAGAUAAAUUAAUUGCAUUAGAAAGAAGAAGAAGAAUUGGAGCACAAUUAAAUACAAGAGAACCUUAUACUUUUAAAAAAAUCAAAUCUUUCUUCAACACAUGGCAUAUAUAUGUCUUUCCAAUAUUAUUCUUAGCUUUCAAUAAUUCAUACCAACCAAUUUCUUCACAAGCGUUCCAAUUAUGGAUGAAAAAAGGUCUUGGUUUAUCUUCUUAUGCUUAUAAUAUCUAUCCAAUUGGUAUUUCAGGUGGUGGUAUUGGGUUCUGUUUGAUCGUGGCAUGGGUUAAUGAUUUCUUCAAAUCAAAGCUUACGCCAUUUUUCCUAUACUUUAUGUUUAUAUGUGUUACAUUCAGUUGUGCUGUUCUUUCAGUAUGGGAUAUCCCAACAGGGCUUCAUUGGUUUGCAUACUUUGGGCUUGGUAUACCAUUAAAUAUUGGUCAACCAUUGAUUUUCACUUGGGUUAAUAAAAUGUUGGCUUAUGAUGAUAUGAAGAGAAAUUUCCUUGUUGUUUGUACAAAUAUGCUGGCUUAUGUUACAGGUGCUUGGGUUCCAAUUUUAACAUUUGAUCAAACUCAAGCUCCAGAAUUUAAAAUUGGGUUUACUUAUACUGCUUGUCUUGGGGCUUUAGGUAUUAUAUGUACAACAAUUGUAUUAAUUUUAGAUUUAAGAGAUCAAAAAAGAAAGAAGAUCUCUUUAGAAGAAGAGUCAUUAGAGAAGGCUGCAUCUUUUUAG